CUUUUUGAAGAUCCCUUGUGCUAUUCUUUGUACUUUUGUGUAUUUUGAAAAUUUUCAUAAUUAAAGGUGAAAAAAUACAGAAGUCCUUUAAUUACUACUAAUGCAUGGGUUUAUUGUUUCAGGGAUUGCUGACGUUCAGGGAUGUGGCCAUAGAGUUCUCUCAGGAAGAAUGGAAGUGCCUGGAACCUGCCCAGAGGGACUUGUACAGGGAUGUGACUUUAGAGAACUUUGGUAACUUGGUCUCAGUAGGGCUUUCCAUUUCUAAGCCUGAUGUCAUUUCCUUAUUGGAGCAAGGAAAAGAGCCCUGGAUGAUUGCAAAUGAUAUGACAGGACCAUGGUACCCAGACUUGGAAUCCAGGUGUGAGAAAUUUCUACAAAAAGAUUUCUUUGAAAUAGAGUCAUUCAAUUGGGAGAUAAUGGAAAGCCUUAAAUGCUGUGAUCUUGAGGGCUCCAAUUUUAGAGAUGACUGGGAAUGCAAAGGCCAGUUUGAGAGACAAGUAAAUCAGGAGUGCUGUUUUAAGCAAGUGAAAAUCCCUUAUGAAAAUAUGCCCAUUUUCGAGCAUCAUACAUCUCUCACUCUACAUCAGAGCGUUGAGACUAGUGAGAAACUGAUUGAAUGUAAUAAAUGUGGGAAAGCAUUUAGCCGUGGCUCACACCUUAUUCAACAUCAGAAAAUUCAUACUGGUGAAAAACCCUUUGAAUGUAAGGAAUGUGGGAAGGCCUUUAGUCGUGCCUCACACCUUGUUCAGCAUCAGAGAAUUCAUACAGGUGAGAGACCUUAUGACUGUAAGGAAUGUGGGAAGGCCUUUGGUCGUACUUCAGAACUUAUUCUACAUCAAAGACUUCAUACUGGUAUCAAACCCUAUGAAUGUAAAGAAUGUGGAAAGACCUUUAGGCAACAUUCACAACUUAUUCUGCAUCAAAGAACUCAUACAGGUGAGAAACCCUAUGUAUGUAAAGACUGUGGGAAGGCUUUUAUUCGAGGCUCACAACUUACUGUUCAUCGGAGAAUUCAUACAGGUGCCAGACCCUAUCAGUGUAAAGAAUGUGGGAAAGCUUUUAGACAGCAUUCACAACUUACUGUGCAUCAGCGAAUUCAUACAGGUGAGAAACCCUAUGAAUGUAAAGAAUGUGGAAAGGGCUUUAUUCACAGCUCUGAAGUUACUCGACAUCAAAGAAUUCAUUCUGGGGAGAAACCCUAUGAAUGUAAGGAAUGCGGGAAGGCCUUUAGACAGCAUGCACAGCUCACUCGACAUCAGAGAGUUCAUACUGGUGACAGACCCUAUGGAUGUAAGGACUGUGGGAAGGCCUUUAGUCGUAGUUCAUACCUUAUUCAGCAUCAAAGAAUUCAUACAGGAGACAAGCCCUACGAAUGUAAGGAAUGUGGAAAAGCCUUUAUUCGUGUGUCACAACUGACUCAUCAUCAGCGAAUUCAUACUUGUGAGAAGCCCUAUGAAUGCAGGGAGUGUGGAAUGGCCUUUAUUCGUAGUUCACAACUUACUGAACAUCAGAGAAUUCAUCCUGGUAUCAAACCUUAUGAAUGUAGAGAAUGUGGGCAGGCCUUUAUUCUUGGCUCACAGCUCAUUGAACACUACAGAAUUCAUACUGGUUAGGAAGCCUCAGUAUUAGGGAUAUAGAAAAGCCUUUAUGUGGAGUUCACACCUUUUUCGAUAUUAGAUCGUAUUUAAUGUAAUGUAAUUAAUAUUAGAAAACCUUCAUUUGUCACUUCCAUUAUGGAACAUCAGAGAAUUCAUACCAGAAGAAAAUUCAAUAAAUGUGGGAAUAAUUCUUGCCUCACUCACUGUUCACUAUGCAUCAGAGAACCUGUGCUAAAAAAAAAUUAAUGCGAAUGUAGAAAAGCCUUUGGUUACCACUCAAAAUGUGUUAAAUAUCUGAGAAUUCCAAAUAAAAAGUGACCCUAUUAUUUUGUGAAUGUGCCUUUCACCAUGGUGUAUAUCUUAUUUAAUGUCCCACUUCCACCGAUUACUAACUGUAUACCACUGGGCACAUUAUGCAGUCUCUCUCCCUCACUUUACUGAUUUUUAAGUGGUGAUAAAUUAUACCUGCCUAAUACAGUUUUUGUGAGGACUAAAUCUGAUACUUUAUAUAAAGCCUUGAAAGGGCUAUCUGGCACAUACAUGUGCUCAGUAAAUAUUAGCUAUCGUCAUUAAUUUUAUCAUCAGUAUCACUGUUAAGAGUUAUGUGAGAGGAGGGCCUUAUGAAUGUGUCAAGUAUCAAAAACUCCUUCAUAACCACUUGUUAUGAUAAUUUUGUUUUGAAAAACAGUAGUAAAGCAUAAUUAUUAGGAAAUCUUUAUUCAAGAGGUUAGAAAUUUGGAAGAUGAGAAAUUAACAGAAGAGUAACCAAAAGAAAUGUGACCAUUUCAAAGUCUAAAACCACAUCUGAGUAUAACUUAGUUUAAAGAGAAAUAAAAAUUAAAAUUACAAACCAGAAAUGAAUGACAGUAAAUUCUACUUAUCAAAACAAGUUCAGCGUAGCUAAAGCUGUAUUCCUGUUAGAAGCUAAGAUUUGAAUGUAGGGACUUUGUUCUCCAAAUGUAGCUCUCCAAUACCUUGUCAUUGCCAGUCACAUACUAAAUACAUUGAAUAGUGAAUGAAUACUCAACUCUAAAAGUUAGGGAAAAAUUACAACAUAAACUCAAGUCAGCAGUAAGAAUUAUUAUUAAAAAU